AUGUCUUCGUCCUCGGGAACAUCACUCGGAGGAGCAUCACUCGGAGGAGCAUCACUCGGAGGAGCAUCACUCGGACGCCUCAAGGGAAAGGUCGCCAUCGUCACCGGAGGAGCCAGUCCCUUGGGCUUUGGCUUUGCGAUUGCCCAGCGCUUCAUGCAAGAAGGUGCAAAGGUCAUCAUCGGAGAUCUGGAUGGCUCUGGCGCCGAGAGCGUGGCUCUCUCCUUCUCGUCUCCGGAUGUCAAAGGUGUGACCAUGGACGUCUGCAAGCAAGAAGACUGGGAAAAAGUCGUCGGAACGGCGAUCAAAGAUUUUGGUCGGCUGGACAUUGUUGUGAACAAUGCUGGAGUGACGUACAGGAACAAGCCCACUGCAGAGGUUACAGAAGAGGAAUUUGAGAGGGUCAUGAGCGUCAACGUCAAGAGUAUCUUUUGGAGUGUAAAGACGGUAAUUCCGCGGAUGCAGAAGCAAGGAAAGGGUGGCAGUAUCAUCAACAUCUCGAGCAGUGGCAGUGUACGCCCUCGACCUGGAUUGGUGUGGUACAAUGCCAGCAAAGGGGCGGUAUCGAAUGCGACUAUGGCGUUGGCUGCAGAGUACGGACCAGACCAGAUAAGAGUCAACGCGAUUGCUCCGCUAUUAUCUGCAACAGGUCUAUUCGAGUCGUUUGUGGGAGUCAAGGACACGCAGGAAAACAGAGACAAGUUCGCAGCGUCGAUUCCACUGGGCAGAUUAACAGUCCCAGUGGAUGUGGGCAAUGCCUGUGUGUUCCUGGCGUCGGACGAGGGCAAGUUUGUGACGGGCACCAACUUUAGUGUAGAUGGAGGCAGGCACAUUUGA